UAUGGUGAAGCGCUAGAGAAUUAGCCAUUUGCGUAUUUUCCCUUUCCCGCUAAAUAAAGUUUACAAAACUCCGGAAGUAGUUUUACGUCACUUACCCAAACAAAGGCUGGCGUUGAUUAUUUGACAGCACGUGUAAAGGAAAACAUUUGACGUAAAUUAUACUUUUGUUAGUUUAUUUCCAUGUAAUAAUGUCGUGACUGCAACCGACGUGCUGUAUAUUUCACGCUAUACGUUUCUGAACUCUGAUGCGUUUUGAGAAAACAUUCUGUGCCAUAAUAAUUAAGCAAUGUUUUCCAACAUAGCCUGCUUUAGUUUUUUAAAUGUACACAUGUCCGGUCUUGUUGCCAAGCGAACACGGAGUGCAAGCAAAUAUAUUAAAAUAUUGUCUCAGGGCAAAAAACAAAAGUUGGAGAGGGACGAUGUGACAUCCCCACUAUCGCUGAGUCCCGAGCAGCUCGAUCGGAUCUCCAAAAACAAGAAGGCGGCUCUGGAACGGCUCUCUGCAAACCAGACUGUUCCCAGCGGGAUCGGAGAGAGCUGGAAGAAGGCGCUCAACGCGGAAUUCGGGAAGCCCUACUUUAGAUCAUUAAUGUCAUUUGUUGCUGAGGAGAGGCAAAAACACACCAUCUACCCACCGUCAAAUGAAGUUUUUACCUGGACACAAACGUGCAACAUAAAAGAUGUGAAGGUUGUGAUACUUGGCCAGGAUCCGUAUCAUGGACCCAACCAGGCUCAUGGGCUUUGUUUCAGCGUGCAGAGACCUGUGCCUCCUCCACCGAGUUUGGUGAACAUCUUCAAAGAACUGGCUUCAGACAUCGAAGGCUUUGAGCAACCCGGUCACGGUGAUCUUACAGGAUGGGCGAAGCAAGGAGUUCUGUUGCUGAACGCUGUGCUGACGGUGCGCGCACACCAGGCCAACUCGCACAAGGACAAGGGCUGGGAGACGUUCACUGAUGCUGUGAUUCACUGGCUCAGCACUAACAUGCAGGGUCUGGUUUUCAUUCUCUGGGGCUCUUAUGCUCAAAAGAAGGGGGCCGCCAUCGACAAGAAACGACACCACGUUCUGCAGACGGUCCACCCCUCACCGCUUUCUGCUCACCGCGGCUUCUUUGGAUGUAAACAUUUCUCAAAGACCAAUGAACUGCUGAAGAAAUCAGGAAAGAAGCCCAUUGACUGGAAAGCGUUGUGAUGGUUUCCAUUUGUGGUUGUAGAUGGAAUGCGGUUUGUCCAGUUUCAAAAGUAACCUUUGUUUUUAUGUUCAUUUCCUGCAAAAAUUAUCCAUGUGUUUGUUCUGAAUACAUAUAUAUAUUUCUUCUGUUUUCAAGAGUAGGUAAAGGGUUUACUCUUACUUUAUCUGUCUGUUAUCUACUUUUCUGUGUUUUCCUUUCAGAUGUUAUUGAUGUAGUUUUAAACAUACAACACUAACAGUGAAUGUUUUUCUGUUUGUUAUUCUAGUUAAUACA